CCACUCAACAGAUCCCAAAAUGCCUGGAACUCACCAAGUUUAAAGCCACAUUCUUUUCAUCAUUUCAAACCUCACAAACCAUCCUAUCUCCCCUCAUCUCUUCGUUUUCAACCAUAUAUUUCUCUCUACCUGCAAAUACUGCAUAGACUAUCCGUCCAUGGCUGCCUGUGGAAGCCUGCAACACAUCUUCGAAACCCCAUUACCGGAGAAUCCAACCCUUCUCGACACACUCUCGUCAUGGAGCCAGAUUAUAUCUGUGACGCCAUCACAACAGCAAUCGUCGUUUACAGAGAUUUUUGGAGAGCUUCAUUUCAAAGAGAGUUUUGUUCCUCCUUUGUCACCUCAGUUGUCUUUGACAGAAUCGAACUCUCCGUCUCCUGCUGCUGCCACCGUUGAUAUCAUCCCAUGGAAAGAACCGUCGUCAAAUGGUGAAUCUUCCAGCUCCCAUGGGAGAAGUAAUAGCUUCUCAUCAACCAAUUCAGAAAGCCUGCAACUCUGCACAGAAGGGCUUGGGUAUGAAAGCUUAGAUGAUGGUGAGGAUUUGGAAGGGGGGAUGGAUGAACAGGAAUGGCAGAGGGAGGAAGAAGAGGAAGAGACCUUAAAGAAACAGAUUCAGGAUCCUAUUUGGAAUCCUGGGAUGAUUAAGAGGACAAAAUCUGCUAAUGUUGAUGAUUUUCCUCCUCCAAUUUCUUGUAUGGGGAACAGUGGGAAGCCUUGGGUUGGAUUCAAAUCCUAUAGAUAUGGUGGAAGGUUCAUAUUGAAGGAAAUAAGAGUCCCUACCCAUGAAUUUCUACAUGCUUCCCGCGAAAAUGGACGCCUGAAACUGCAUAUUCUCGUUCCUAAUAAGCAAACCAGAGAGGCCAAGGAAGAAGACGACGACAACAAACAACAACAACAACAACAACACGAAGAAUAACAAAGAAAAUAGUAUCGGGAAAUGCAAGGUUGAAACUAGCCAACAAUGAGAUAAGAGUCCAUCACUUUCUUAGAGAUAGAGAAUUUCAAGCUUAGAAUUUCCAAGUUUUCUUCCCUAAAAGGAUGAUUAUGCCUUGAACACUUUUUUUUUAUUUGGUGAUUGAUUGCCUUCUUCCCUAGAAAUUUUCUGUCCCAUUUGAAGUUCUUUGUCUAAUUUCAGAAACAAUGAUUUCUUCUGUUUCAUUCAUAUUUUACCAAACA